ACACCCUGUGGGUAAGUUAGGGUAGAGGUAAGAGGGAGCGGGCAAUUCCAGUAUCUUCACAUAGGGAAAAGGUAACGAAGAAUCAGGCUGUAAAAGCCAACUAUUGGGAGAGGAAAUAAAACUUAAAAUUUGUCAUCAUUAGUGGAAAAAAAAAAAAAAAGGAGGUAGGGACAAAAGGAGUAAGAAAAUGAUGGGGGUGGGGGAACUAAUAAAGGAAAACCUGAAAAGGAAGUUGGAGAGAGGAAAGAGUGUCCUACGCAUUUUGUUUUUACUCCUGCUCGUUCUCUCUGACUCCCUCCAGAAGCCAGAAAAAGUUUGCAAGCGUAACUUUAGGGAUGGGAGACAGGGCUCUUCACCAACAGACCCACGAAAAGAAGCGCCUUCACCAUUCCCCAUUCGCGCCGCCGCCGUCCUUUCCCUCUCGCGGGGUGAUGGGCAGGAGGCAACACUCUUGGGACGCGGUAGCUCAGCCGGAUACCCCGGAAUCCCGUCAGGCUCGAGCAGCACGCAGCUCUCCUUCUGGCAAAGCCUCCUCUGCCUUGGCCAUCCACCUCCCGGAAAAGAAAAAGGAAAGAUCGAGCCUCUAAACCGUCCUUUCCCCCUCCCCCUCUUCCCGGGGGAGCUAAGGAAGAAAGUACCGUUCUGUGAUUCACUGGAGAGAAAAGAGGGAGGAGGCAAAAGAACUCGGAGUGCCAAGGCUAAAUAAGUUAGCUGAGAAAACGCACGCAGCUUGUAGCGCCUGCGCCGGGUGCGCCAGCUCCGCAAAGGCCAAACGGGCUCCGCGCUGGCCGGCCACGGGGCUGGGGACCCGGGUUUGGCCUUCAGGCUCCCCAGCAGCCGGGAAAAGGAAUUGCUGCCGGGAGUUUCUGCAGAGGUGGAGGGAGAUCAGGAAACGGCUUUUUCCUCACUUCGCCGCCUGCUGCUCUAGGCAGUGGGGAGGAGGAGGAGAAAGUGAAAUAUGCUGGAGAAGAGCGAGCCCUCCUUGUUCUUCCGGAGUCCCAUCCAUUAAGCCAUCACUUAUGGAAGAUUAAAGUUGUCGGACAUGGUGACAGCUGAGAGGAGAGGAGGAUUUCUUGCCAGGUGGAGAGUCUCCACCGUCUGUUGGGUGCAUGUGUGCGCCCGCAGCGGCGCGGGGCGCGUGGUUCUCCGCGUGGAGUCUCACCUGGGACCCGAGUGAAUGGCUCCCAGGGGCUGUGCGGGGCAUCCGUCUCCGCCUUCUCCACAGGCCUGGGUCUGUCCUGGAAAGAUGCUAGCAAUGGGGGCGCUGGCAGGAUUCUGGAUCCUCUGCCUCCUCACUUAUGGUUACCUGUCCUGGGGCCAGGGUUUAGAAGAGGAGGAAGAAGGGGCCUUACUAGCUCAAGUUGGAGACAGACGAGAGCCCAGCACAACUUCCACCUCCCAGCCCCAUCUCAUUUUCAUCCUAGCGGAUGAUCAGGGAUUUAGAGAUGUGGGUUACCAUGGAUCUGAGAUUAAAACGCCCACUCUUGACAAGCUCGCUGCCGAAGGAGUUAAACUGGAGAACUACUAUGUCCAGCCUAUUUGCACACCAUCCAGGAGUCAGUUUAUUACUGGAAAGUAUCAGAUACACACCGGACUUCAACAUUCUAUCAUAAGACCUACUCAACCCAACUGUUUACCUCUGGACAAUGCCACCCUACCUCAGAAACUGAAGGAGGUUGGAUAUUCAACGCAUAUGGUCGGAAAAUGGCACUUGGGUUUUUACAGAAAAGAGUGCAUGCCCACCAAAAGAGGAUUUGAUACCUUUUUUGGUUCCCUUUUGGGAAGUGGGGAUUACUAUACACACUACAAAUGUGACAGUCCUGGGAUGUGUGGCUAUGACUUGUAUGAAAACGACAAUGCUGCCUGGGACUAUGACAAUGGCAUAUACUCUACACAGAUGUACACUCAGAGAGUACAGCAAAUCUUAGCUUCCCAUAACCCCACAAAGCCUAUAUUUUUAUAUAUUGCCUAUCAAGCUGUUCAUUCACCACUGCAAGCUCCUGGCAGGUAUUUUGAACACUACCGAUCCAUUAUCAACAUAAACAGGAGGAGAUAUGCUGCCAUGCUUUCCUGCUUAGAUGAAGCAAUCAACAACGUGACAUUGGCUCUAAAGACUUAUGGUUUCUAUAACAACAGCAUCAUCAUUUACUCUUCAGAUAAUGGUGGCCAGCCUACAGCAGGAGGGAGUAACUGGCCUCUCAGAGGUAGCAAAGGAACAUAUUGGGAAGGAGGGAUCCGGGCUGUAGGCUUUGUGCAUAGCCCACUUCUGAAAAACAAGGGAACAGUGUGUAAGGAACUUGUGCACAUCACUGACUGGUACCCUACUCUGAUUUCACUGGCUGAAGGACAGAUUGAUGAGGAUAUUCAACUAGAUGGCUAUGAUAUCUGGGAGACCAUAAGUGAGGGUCUUCGCUCACCCCGAGUAGAUAUUUUGCAUAACAUUGACCCCAUAUACACCAAGGCAAAAAAUGGCUCCUGGGCAGCAGGCUAUGGGAUCUGGAACACUGCAAUCCAGUCAGCCAUCAGAGUGCAGCACUGGAAAUUGCUCACAGGAAAUCCUGGCUACAGCGACUGGGUGCCCCCUCAGUCUUUCAGCAACCUGGGACCGAACCGGUGGCACAAUGAACGGAUUACCUUGUCAACUGGCAAAAGUGUAUGGCUUUUCAACAUCACAGCCGACCCAUAUGAGAGGGUGGACCUAUCUAACAGGUAUCCAGGAAUCGUGAAGAAGCUCCUACGGAGGCUCUCACAGUUCAACAAAACUGCAGUGCCGGUCAGGUAUCCCCCCAAAGACCCCAGAAGUAACCCACGGCUCAAUGGAGGGGUCUGGGGGCCAUGGUAUAAAGAGGAAACCAAGAAAAAGAAGUCAAACAAAAAUCGGGCUGAGAAAAAGCAAAAGAAAAGCAAAGUAAAGAAGAAGAGGAAACAACAGAAAACAGUCUCAGGUUCAACUUGCCAUUCAGGUGUUACUUGUGGAUAAGCGCAAAUAUUUCCUGUUUGGUUAAACUUUAAUCAGUUCUUAUCUUUCAUCUGUUUCCUAGGUAAACCAGCAAAUUUGGCUCGAUAAUAUCGCUGCCCUAAGCGUCAGGCUUGUUUUCAUGCUGUGCCACUCCAGAGACUUCUGUCACCUGGCCGCCACACCGAAAACUGUUCUGCUCAGUGCCAAAGGUGCUACUCUUGCAAACCACGCUUAGAGUGGAGAUGUUUGUUUCUCUUGCUCCUUUAGAAAACGUGGUGAGUCCUGAGUUCGACUGCUGUGCUUCAGUCAACUGACCAAACACUGCUUUAAAUUAUAGGAGGAGUACAAUAACCUACCAUCCGCAAGCAUGCUAAUUUGAUGGAAGUUACAGGGUAGCAUGAUUAAAACUACCUUUGAUAAAUUAUAGUCAAAGAUGUGUCACCUCAAAGGCCUUAAAGAAUAUAUUUUCUUUGUGAAUUUUUGUAUCUCUGUCGUAUGACACGUGGGUUUCUAAAUUAAUUAUAUUUCAUAUAUAUAUAUAUAUAUGUUUCUUUUCCUGUGAAAAGCUGUUUUUCUCACAUGUGAACAGCUUGCACCUCAUUUUAUCAUGCAUGAGGGAAUGGCAAAUAAGAAUGUUUGAGCACACUGCCCACAAUGAAUGUAACUAUUUUCUAAACACUUUAAUAGAAGAACAUUUCAGUAUAAAAAAACCUAAUUUAUUUUUACAGAAAAAUACUAUUUUGUUGUCAUAAAAAGUUAUGCAAAUGACUUUAAUUAUUUUAUUUUUAUUUCCUGCAUACCAUUAGAAGAGUUUUAUUUCAUUUCUUCAAACUACCAAGCACUGUAAUACUAUGAAUUACUGUAAUACUGUGUGAAUUCAUAGACUAUAAAAACAUCAUUCAGAAAACAUUAUAAUCAUCAUUGUUCAACCAUGAUUUUGAAUGUAAUAAGAUGAAUAUAUUCCUUACAAAUUACUUGGAAAUUCAAUGUUUGUGCAGAGUUGAGACAACUUUAUUGUUUCUAUCAUAAACUAUUUAUGUAUCUUAAUUAUUAAAAUGAUUUAUUUUAUGGCACUAGAAAAUUUACUGUGGCUUUUCUGAUCUAACUUCUAGAUAAAAUUGUAUCACUCAUCCUAAAAAAUAAAGAUCUUUACUAAUAGGCAGUUGAAGGAAUGGUUUGCUAACAACCACAGUAAUAUGAUUUUACAGAUAGAUGCUUCCACUUGGCUAUGACAUGGAGAAAGAUGUUCCCAUAUUAAUAAUAUUAUUAAUUAUUAUAAAAUAUAAAAACCUAACAUUUAUAUUAGGUUGGUGCAAAAGUAGUUGCAGUUUUUGCCAUUAAGAGUAAUAACCUUACUCUUAUACAAAGUGGACACUGUGAGGAGAUACAGAGAAAUGGAAUAUAUGGAUCCUGCCUGGAGUAAGUUAUCUUGUUUGGAAACCACACAUGCAAACGUCAUGAGGAUAAUUAAAGGAGUAUUAUCAGUAAUGAAGUUUAUCAUGGGUCACCAAUGAGCAUAGAUUGGUGUGGUUCCUGUAGACCCUGGUGUGUUCUUUGAAGUGCCCUCUCCUAAUACAGAGGCCUCGAAGCCUCGCGGUAUACACUUGAAAAGUCACAGAUAGCUAGAAUUGUGAUCUUUGAAGUUAAAACUGUGAUAAGAAAAUGUGUGUGGUGGUAUGACAGCAUACCAUUAAACACAUUUAUAUCACAGCUCAAAGGACUGAUAUAAUACAUUUAUAUCACAACUCACAAUUUCUGAAAAUGUAUUAAAGAAUUUGUAAUCUAGUACUGAAAUUACUAAAUUGGAUAAGAUGAUUUAAAGGAUUUUAAUUUUAAUGUUUUAUUUCUAGAAUAUAUGGCUCCAGUUUAUUUUAUAGUGUAAAGUUGUAUUUCCUAAAGUUUGUGUUUUGUCGACAGUAUCCUUUAAAUGAGUCUUAAAAAUAAAGGCAUAUUGUUCAUGUU